GCUAUGGUGAGGCCAUGUGCACGCGCUGGUGUGUGGAGAGACCCGCCAACAUCAGCAAACUUAAAGGCAAAAGUCCAGCGGAUUCCUGGUUGUUCCUGUUGUGCGUGUGUUUGUUUCUGUUGGGACCUGUUUGUUCCCAGUGUCCUGAAAGCUGCAACUGUGAAUGGGACACAGCCACAGUGUCCUGCAUGGACGCCGGACUCUAUGAAAUCCCAGUGGACAUUCCCCCGGAAACAGUGUCCCUCCAUUUGGAACGAAACUACAUCCGGACUAUCCCCGAGAGCACCUUCAGCGAGCUGGUGCACCUGCGGGACCUGUAUCUCGGCCACAACCGCAUCGACUCGCUCUCCACCGGGGCACUGCGUCACCUGGGGCCGGAGCUGCGCCUCUUGGACCUGUCCCACAACCAGCUGAGACAGGCCCGCAGGGAGGACUUCGGCUCCACCCGGGCCAAAACGCGUCUGUACCAUAACCCCUGGCACUGUGACUGCACCCUGCAAGAGCUCAUGGAGACCCUCAACCUGGAGCCGGAGACGGUCAACGGGAUCAUCUGUGAAAGCUCAGUGCGCGGGAUGGGCGAGGGAAGCCGCUGGGACGACCCGAGCUCACUGGGCGAACACGCGGGACAGCCUAUAGUGAAACUUUUAGAUUCUGGAGUGAACUUCUGCAGCCUUCAGAGGAAAACGACGGACGUGGCCAUGCUGGUGACUAUGUUUGUGUGGUUCUUCAUGGUUAUUGUUUACGUCGUUUACUACGUGAGGCAGAACCAAGCCGAGGCCCGGAGACAUAUGGAAUAUCUCAAGAGUUUGCCCAGUCCACGGAAAACCCCCACGGAGACGGACACUCUGAGCACCGGGUUUUGAGUGGAAUAAAACUGCUCGCACUGAUCCCUUUGAAACAGCCUCCAAAUGUGUGAAUAUAAAUCCCAUAC